AUGAAACCAUGGCCGGGAUGGCCUUUGGAAUCAGAACAAAGCCUGGCAAUACUCAAUGAAGUGGCUUUGAUCGUUUGGGAUGAAUCUCCUAUGACCCCUAAAUUAGCUAUUGAAGCUGUCGAUAGAUAUUUAAAAGAUCUAUCUAAAAGUUCUUUACCGAUGGUUGGCAAAUGUUGUUUAUUCGGUGGAGAUUUUAGACAGACUUUACCGGUAAUUAUAGGAGGCCAUAAAAAGGACAUCGUGAAUGCGUGUCUCAAACGGAGCGUACUUUGGUCUUCGUUUCGUACUUUCCAUCUCAGUAUCAAUAUGAGAGCUAGACAUUACGUUGAGAAUUGCGAAGAAUUAGGUAAUCGAACUUUCGCCGAAUGGUUGUUGAAUUUGGGAGACGGUAAAAUUCAAUAUGUCACUUUACAUCCUAAUUCAACAAUUUCUGGCAUUUUACCGGACGAUCUUAUCGAAAUUCCUCAUAUGCUUCGUGUAUCCAACAUCGAUCAAUUGAUUGAUUUUGUUUAUGGAAACGAUUUUAGUUCGAUAGAAAAUGGCACACGUGCUAUUCUCUGUCCUACUAAUGCGGCCGUUAAUGACAUUAAUGAAAUGAUCCUUGAUAGGAUGUUGGAAAUUGAGGUUAAAGUCUACUAUAGCGUAGACGAAUAUAAAAGGGAAGAAGAUGACGAUUUUCACGUGACCACCGAUCUUCUUAAUUCGAUCAAUUGUGCUGCUUUACCCCCGCACGAAUUGAAAUUAAAAAUCGGCGCUAUUGUUAUGCUUCUUCGUAAUAUUGAUAUCGAAGAUGGACUAUGUAACGGAACUAGAGUACGAAUUAUAUCUUUGGGGGAUCAUAUUAUCGAGUGUGAAAUUCUGACUGGGGUUAAUAUCGGACGUAAAGUCCUAUUGCCUCGAAUAAGAAUGAUUUCUCGCGAUACUAUGCUCCCGAAAGAUAUGAUUCGCACGCAAUUUCCUAUUCGGCUUGCUUAUGGUAUUACCAUAAACAAAUCUCAGGGUCAAUCAUUGACGAAAGCCGGAGUCUAUUUAAACGGCCCCUGUUUUACCCACGGUCAGUUGUAUGUUGCAUUUUCGCGUGUCGGCUCCGCUGAUAAUGUUCGUAUAUUGGUGAACGAAGGUAACCAACAAGGUGAUGAUUUGGUUGAUGAUAACGAUAGUGAUUGUGAUUUAAUUAACGAUUUAAAUGAUUUUAAUACUAAUAAUUUACUAUGUAAUGCUACCCAAGUCCUCCAUUUCAGAACAGAAUUACAGUCGUUGCAAUCGUUAUUACCGUCGCCACCUCCGCCACCGCUUCUAUCGUUACAUCAACCGAAUCCAAAAAUUUCCGUCGAUUUAGAUCGUUUCUGGCAAAACGGUAUACCUUGCUAUACGAAAGCCGAACUUAGGUCUCGUGUAUCAACGUACGACCGAGCUGGUACAUCUCGAUUAAUGCCGGGCGGCAAAAGGUUUGGUAAAAAAAGAACAACGGAAGAUCAACAAGAUAGCGAUUCAAAUUAA